AUGAGAACUUACAGAGCUAUCAAAUACACCAUAUUUGUCUGUUGUUACAUUUUUUGGGUAGCCAGUGCUGUUCUUAUAGCAGUGGGGACCUAUGCUAAAGUUGCCAAGGAGAGAGAUGUGGUGGACACUUUGACGGUUGACCCAGCCCUGUUGCUGAUCAGCGUGGGCUCUUUAAUGUUCAUGAUAACGUUUUUCGGAUGCUUUGGAGCGCUGCGCAACGGAAUUGUGCUUCUGAAAAUGUUUUUAGGGAUUUUGCUGGUCAUUCUGUUCCUGCAAAUCACUGCUGCAGUGAUUGGAUUCAUUUUCUCUAAGACGGUUCUGCAGCGGACUGAGCUCCUGAUGUUGAAAGCCAUUAUGCGGUACAGAGAGGAUAUGGACCUGGAAAACCUUAUCGAUUUCGUGCAGAAAAAGUUCCGGUGUUGUGGAGUGGAGUCCUACACGGACUGGUCCAAAAACGCGUAUUUUAACUGUUCAGAGGAUAAUCCCAGUUUGGAGGCCUGUGGAGUUCCAUUCUCAUGCUGCAUACGUGAGGCAGGCGAGUCUGUGUUCAACACCAUGUGUGGGUACGAGACCCAGACCAUGGAGGAGAAGACAGCCGAGGGGAGCAUCCACACGGUGGGCUGUCUGGGCAAGAUCGUGGGCUGGGCCAAACAGAACGUUUUGCUGGUCGGCGGACUGGCAGUGGGCCUGCUCUGUUUAGAGAUCUGCAUGAUCUCACUGGCUGCCGCUCUACUCAGACAGAUAAAAAACACAAACCAGGAAACAAACUUGACAGAAACCGUCAGGAUGAAGCGUUCUCCGUAA